GCUGAACUUCACAAUGUGAAACAAAAGAAAGGAGGUGAAGAAAAUCAGAGCAGAGAGCCUCUCAGGAUGGUGCUGAUUGGCCGGACUGGCAGUGGGAAGAGUGCAACAGGAAACACCAUUUUGGGCAAAGACCAUUUCAUAUCUAAAACCAGCUCAAAGUCUGUCACCAAGUUUUGCCAGAAAGCAUCAGGAGAGAUUGAUGGACAGUCUGUUGUUGUGGUCGACACCCCCGGCUUGUUUGACACGAGUCUGUCCAACGAUGAUAUUCAACAGGAGCUUGUGAAAUGCAUCAGCAUAUUGUCUCCUGGACCUCAUGUGUUUCUACUGGUGCUGCAGAUCGGUCGAUUCACACAAGAGGAAAAAGAGUCUGUGGAACUGAUCAAGAAAUAUUUUGGCAAGAAUUCAGGAGAUUACAUCAUGAUUAUAUUCACCAGAGGAGAUGAUCUGAAGAAUCAAACAAUUGAUAGUUACAUAGAAGACAGUGAAGACUUUGUCAAAAAACUGAUAAAUGACUGUGGAGGGAGAUACCAGGUCUUCAAUAACAACAAUCAGACAGACCGCACACAAGUCAGAGAGCUGAUCACAAAGUCAAAAACAAUGGUGAAGGAAAAUGGCGGCAGCUGUUACACCUCAGAGAUGUUCCAAGAAGCUGAGGCAGCGAUACAGAAGGAAGUGGAGAAAAUCCUGAAGGAGAAGGAAGAGGAAAUGAAGAGGAAGGAGGAGGAGCUGAAAAGAAAACAUGAGGAAGAAAUGACAGCAGUGACGAGAAGAAUGGAAGAACAGAAGGCAGAAAUUGAACUGGAGAGAGCUAAACAACUAAAAGAAAUGGAAGAAAACAUCAAAAAAGAGCAAGAAAGGAGAGAGAAAGAACAGGAAAUGAGAGAAGAGGAAGACAGGAAGAGGAAAAAGCAGGAAGAAAUUCAACAGCAAGAGUGGGAACAAAAACUUAAAGAUCUAGAGAAACAAAUAAAGUCUGAAUCAAAGGAAAGGGAAACUAUUGACAGACAGCUGGAACAGAGCAGAGAGGAGAUGAAACGAUAUCGAGAAGAUGAACAGAGACGACAGGAGGAGCAAGAAAGACUGAAAAAACUCCAAGAAGAAUAUGAACGGGAAAGAGAAAAAUAUGAAAUGAAAAGAAAAGAAGAAGAACGAAUCAGAAGAGAACAAGAGGAGAAGGAGAGAAAGGAAUUAGAGGAAAA